GUCCAUAUCUGGUUUAAUUAAAACAAAAUAUUGUGUGUGUAGCGCUUUAGCUAACGGUAGGUGUUUUUGUUAACGCCACUUAUAGGAAUGCGGAAUUUUGUCUGCGUUGCGUUUAUGCUGCAAUGAGUACAUGUUUGUGUAUGCACUAAAUGAAUCAAAACGCACUUCAAAUAUCUGGAUUACUUAUUGUCUAUAUAUGAGUGCAUACCCAUAAAGUACAAGUGUGACUAGCACAGAUCGUUGGGCGCAUAUAUUUAAUAGUCGGCAAUACCGAGACAACUAAAUAUAAUAGAAAGUACCUAAACGUGUUGGAUCUCUGUGAAAGGUUUCUGCUUUCCCAAAUUUGACUCGGCGACGACUUCCUUGUAGAAUAAGCAUGAUAUACGCGAGGUUGAUAUACGGAAUGUUCAUCCAGGCGCUACUCAUUGCGUGCGACACGUCCAUUACACAAGCCGCCAAUACGCCGCCAUUGGAAAAAUUCUCAACCAAAAGGAUUCAAAAGACAGAGCAAAAUGUGUCAAUUUUGUAUAAUUUGUAUAACAGAGAUACUACUCGAUAUACGAGAGCCUUCCAAUUUGCUGGCAAAUUUACCCGGCAUGAGACGCGCAACUUACGGCGUACUGUCACGGAAUUCUCCGCGAAAGAUAGGGAGAAAUGGCCAUAUGAGAAGUCUAGUCAAGCAGGAAAACAUUCCAACUCCGUAUUAUAUUAUCCAUUUCAAUCAGAUUUCUCAACUUUAAUGUCGCCCAUCACACUUCCGAUGGCGAAAAACAAAUCAAACACACACUUUAGAGAGGGUAAUAUAUCCUUACCUCGUUACAAACGCAGUGCUGACACAGCCGAUGCAAAGGGAGUUAAAACAAACGUGCCAAAACCAGUGCUAUUGCAAAAUUACAACAAACUGAAAACUGAAAUUGAAAACAUUACAAUUGCCACUGUUUUACCCUACAUCGAAAGGAUGCUGUUUUCAAUUCAACGUGUGCAGCCAGCCAUAGAUAUUGCCAUAGAAAAGGUCAAUCCCACUCUCGACAAGCUUAAUAAAAGGCUAAUUGUGAAAUUCCGUGACUCCCUAUGUGAUAAUGCGAAUAGUAUGAACGAGGCAAUUGGGUUCUACGUACGCAAAGAAAUGCACGUGCUCUUUGGACCUUGUUGUGACUAUGCGGCAGCCCCUAUAGCAAGACAGGUCCAAUACUGGGACAUACCAAUGAUCACAGCGGGGGCUUUUGCUGGGGAUUUCGGUCGUCAGAAAGACAGAGUGUUCCGCCUGCUGACCAGAGUGGGCUCAAACUUUAACACGCUAUUCGACUUCUUCGUGAACGUGCUCUCCAUGCACAAGUGGCGUAAAAUGAACAUUAUAUAUGACCCCUAUGGGCAGACGGACAACUCGGAGAAGUUCUGUCACAUUGUAGCGGAUGGCUUUCACCACGAGUUUAGGAACAAUGAUGCUGCACGAAGGGCUACAAAUAACGUGACCCUGAUGUUCGCACUGUUUGAGGACCCGGAGGAGAUCCUUAAAGCGAUGCCCAAGAAGAUCGGCAUCGAGUGCGCCGUCGUGGUACUAUGCGCCUCCGCUGAUUCAGUACGAGAGAUUAUGAUCAAGGCGCACGAGAUGAAGUUUGAUAACGGCGAAUAUGUCUUCUUCAGUAUCGACCUCUUCAGCAGCAAGAAUGAGAGCACGAAACCUUGGUAUCGAGAGGGCGAUACGCCGGAGCGAAACGAGAAAGCUAAAAAGGCUUACGAGGCUUUGAUGACCGUGACCUUGAGAAAGCCGACCAGUCCUGAGUAUAAAAACUUCUCGAUGGAAGUCAAGAGAAGAGCCAAGGAAAAAUACGAGAAUUUCACUUACGGCGAGGAGGAGGUGAACAGCUUCGUCGGCGCGUUCCACGACGCCGUGAUCCUUUACGCUCUUGCUCUGAACGAGACCCUCCAGGCGAACAAGUCCAUAACAAAUGGCACGGAGAUCACGAGGCGGAUGUGGAACAGGACAUUUAAAGGUAUAACCGGAAAUGUGUCCAUCGACGAUAACGGGGAUCGGAAUGCGGACUACUCGCUUCUUGACAUGGACCCUGUAUCAGGAGAAUUCGAGGUGGUGGCCAAUUACUUCGGUCAUACCAAGCGUUAUGAGCAAGUACAGGGCAAGUCCAUUCGUUGGGCAGGUGGAUUGGACCACGCUCCACCUGACACCCCCACAUGUGGAUUUGACAAUUCCAAAUGUCCUCCAAAAAAGCCUUUUCCUGAAUACGUGAUCGUCAUCAUCGUUCUAGGGAGCCUCCUGUUGAUCUUUAUUGUCGCCGCAGUGUUCAUUUACAGACAUAUGAAACUAGAGGCGGAGUUAGCUGAAAUGAACUGGCGAGUUAAAUGGGAGGACAUCAUGUUGGGGACGAUAGAAGGGGAGAGAAAGUUGAAGAAACAAGCAGCUAGUAACCUGAGUCUUGCAAGACGCUAUUCCGUGACGUCAUCUUGCUCAGGCGAUACCAUAGCAGUUCAUUUGAGUGACGUCGGUCAAAGACAGUUAUUUACAAAAACUGGAUAUUACAAGGGUGCUAUCGUAGCAAUAAAGCAAAUACAUAAGACCGGCAUCGACGUCAAGAAACCGCUCCUGCUAGAGAUUAAACGGAUCAAGGACCUGGCCAGUGAUCACAUUGUGCGGUUCAUCGGAGCGUGUCUGGACGAUCCGCACAUGUGCAUCCUCACCGAGUACUGUCAGAAAGGCUCACUACAGGAUGUACUGGAGAAUGAACAGAUCAAACUCGACUGGAUGUUCCGAUACUCUCUCAUGCAGGACAUCGUAAGGGCGAUGACGUACCUAUGUAGCACGGAGAUCCGCAGCCACGGGGCGCUGAAGUCCACGAACUGUGUGGUCGACUCGAGGUUCGUGUUGAAGAUAACGGACUUUGGGCUGCAUGAUCUACGGGGACAGGACCAGGAACUCCAGGAAGGCUCAUACCAGUAUUACAGAAGCCUUCAAUGGACUGCGCCAGAGCUGCUACGCAUGAACACUCGUCCUCCAAGCGGCACCCAGAAGGGGGAUGUCUAUAGCUUCGCCAUCAUCUGUCAAGAAAUCGUCUAUAGAAGCGGCGUCUUCUAUCUUGCAAACUUGGACCUUGAAUUGCAAGAGAUCAUAGAUCGCGUGAAGGCUUGGUCUAAGCCCCCGUUCCGCCCCACCCUGGAGGAGUUUGACUGCCCGUGUGACGAGCUGGCGCAUGUCAUCCGCCGCUGCUGGUCCGAGGACCCUAUGGAGAGACCGGACUUUGCCAUCCUGAAGAGCAUCGUCAGAAAACUGAAUAAGGAGGGAGACAAGGGGAAUAUUUUGGACAAUCUUCUAUCCCGCAUGGAGCAAUACGCAAACAAUCUGGAGUCGUUGGUGGAGGAAAGGACGGCGGACUUCCUUGAACAGAAAAAGAAGGCAGAGGAUUUGCUGUACAUGAUGCUACCUAAACAAGUGGCGGGUCAACUUAUUCGAGGCGAGACUGUGAUGCCGGAGACGUUCGAGUCGGUUACUAUAUACUUCAGUGAUAUCUGUGGAUUUACAGCGCUUUCAGCAGAGAGUACACCCAUGCAGGUGAUAGACCUACUUAACGAUCUGUACACAACUUUUGAUUCAAUUAUUGAACACUUCGAUGUUUACAAGGUUGAAACUAUAGGUGACGCGUAUAUGGUCGUUUCCGGCCUACCAGUGCGAAACGGGAACCUGCACGCGCGGGAAAUCGCCCGGAUGUCCAUCGCGUUGCUAAACGCUGUGUUGUCUUUCAGAAUCCGACAUAAGCCGAACGAUCAACUCAAACUGAGAAUUGGAAUACAUUCAGGGUCAGUUUGUGCGGGAGUAGUGGGCCUCAAGAUGCCGCGGUACUGCCUGUUUGGAGACACAGUGAAUACGGCGUCUAGAAUGGAAUCGAACGGACUGCCUUUACGCAUCCACGUAAGUCCGUAUACAAAAGAAGUUCUGGACCAUUGUGGAUCCUUCGACCUCGAGCUCAGGGGUGCCGUGGAAAUGAAGGGAAAAGGCUCCGUUACUACAUAUUGGCUCAACGGGGAACGCACUGGAUUUCGCGACCAAGCCAAGCUCGUGCCCUACUGUUGAUGACGUCAUAGUGUUGAUGAUGUCACAUGAAAGAUGAGAAAACAAAAUGAUGUUCUUUCCCAUUUUGUUUUCACUUCAUCCAAGGAAAACCAAUCAAAGCCCGCACAGUCAACGGAUAACGGAAAAACUGUAUACUUUUGAACAUAACGCGUUAAUGUUUGUUCAUGAGGUGAUUUUAAUACGAGAUGAAACAAUCCAACAAAGCUCGCAUCUUUUGUUAACAUUUGUUGUGCAAAACCAGAAAUUUUAUUUUGGUUGAAGUUCCACCUGUUUUAAAAUCUUCCAUAACGGUUUAUUCAUAUGUAGAAUAUGUAACAUUAGCUUUGUCAUUUGAUAAGGACAAUGGACGAAUCGAUGCACAGGCUCUACCAAGAAUAAUGUGUACAAAGUUACUUCUCUGUGUAUUGAUAUACAUCUCGUAUUUUAUAUAUUUAUGUGUAGUCAUUUCUGUAGAACAAAAAUAGCAUUUUAAUGAGCAAAUGUUACCUAACAAAUAUACAGAUGUAAGUUAAUUAAGAAAAUGUCAAAACUGUCGUGCUUUUGCAGUCGUCAUAAUUAUAAGGCGUAUUUUAAAUUUAAGAUUAAAUAUUUAUAAAACAAAACAAGUAUGAUUGCAUGGGAAACAAAAUUAAAGUAAACAGACUAUUUAUUUUAAUAAAAAUGUCUUCCGAUUUGAUAAAUACAAUGUUGUUGCCAUGCGAAAAUGUUAGUGUACAAUGUAAAUCUAUCAAGUGUUUUAAAUGGAACGUAAAAUUAAUAAAUAUGACCAUUUGGAAAUAAUGUAUAAAUAUGGAGACAUGGAAUAAGUAUUAAAUAUGUAUAUAAGGAAAGAAGGUAUAAAUAUGACUGUAUUGUAAUAAUCACUUAUAUGGCUGCAUAGAAGUUACUUAUAAGUAUGGCAAUAAGGACAUUUAUUUUAUACUUUCCGGUGGUUUAUAGAGAAAUAUCAGUGAAUUAAAACUGAUAAUUUCACUGUUUCAAACAAUGAAAAUUAUCAGUGAGAAUUAUCGAUAAUUUUCACUGUUUAUGUUAAAUGACGUCAUUUUUUGGACGAAAUGACGUCAUUUUCCCAACGUAAUUUUUUAGUUAAACUCUUUAACAAUGUAUAUAAACUGUGAAAAAAAGCAUAAAAUAAAAAGAAAAUUUGUUGGGUUCGGUGGAUUAUCGAUUUUAAUUCACUCGUGAUCAUAUAAAAUGUAUAUUUUCACUCGUGGCUGCGCCACUCGUGAAAAUAUUAUUUUCUAUGAUCACUCGUGAAUUAAAAUCGAUAAUCCACCGAAUCCAACAAAUAUCCUCUAUAUUAUUAUCUUGGUACUAUUGGAUAAACUUAUAAAUAUGGCCUUUUUUGGACAAACUUAUAAGUAUGACUAUCUUAAAAUAGCUGAUUCUUAUAGUUGUAUUGAAAUAUCUAAUAGUUGCGACAGUACUUUAUAAUUUAUAAUUAUUGAUGUAUGAAAAUAAGUAAUCAUUAUUGAUGUAAGGGAAUAACUAAUUAAUUUGACUGCUUGAAAGUUAUUUUGCUUAUAUUGAAAUAACUUUCGGCCGCAUGUUUAUCGCUCGGCAGAAGCACAGGGAUAGAGCCAAUGAUCUACUUUCGUUUAGAAACAAAAAUUGACGCAAAACAACUUAAAUACGACAGAGACGGAUGCGGUGUUAAAUAUAUUUUACAUGCAGCGUUUUGUUCAUUUUAGGAGUACAUGAUUAUUUGUGUGUUAUCCGCUUUUAAAAAUCAAAGCACUAACGGAACACAAAGUUUCAGAAUUAACUUUAUGUGCAGCACCGAAUAUAGGCAUAUUGUAAUCGCAACGUCCGUCUUUGCAAUCUUCCUUCUGUCCGUCAUUCUGUCCCGCUUCUUGUAAGGAACAUAACUCGUUAAGUAUUGAAUGCAUUUUACAUACAUUUUGGUAUGUUGAUAAAGGACAUUGUGAGGAAUUGUACUUUAGAAUUAACUUCACUCUUGGCUUUUUUUUGUUAAAUCAAUUUCUUAUGCGGUUCUAUUUAAGUCAGUAAUUAAAUGAUUAAAACGAAACACCGUUCAAUGAUAGAGAGCAUUAAUGAGAAGUGCUGAAUAUUCAAUAAAUACAUACAAUGUGUCUGUCUUCCCAAACUCUGAAGGUCAAUAUCACUCUUUUGGGUUAAAAAAAACAUCCUGGGAAUGCGGACAGCGCUUGUUUUUGUUAUUUAUUUUAAAAAAUCUACAUUUUUAAUAAAGUAUUUGUUACCUUUUAAAGAAACCAUACAAGUGUUUGCCAUGUUUUUAUUUCAGACUGCGAUGUGUUUCGCACGAACCAAUUUGUUUAUAAUGUUGCAUUGUUAUAUAAGCGUCUCCGUUUUUUUUUUUUUUUUUUAUAUACUUUUGCAAUUACAUUUCAAAUAAGCUUUUUUAAAAUAGAUUUCCGUGUUUUUUAUAACUGUGAAAUCAGGUAUAAGCUGCAAUUUCUUAAGAAGAUAAACCAAGAAAAAAUUAUACUACAUUGUAAAAUAUAAACAAUAUACGCGCCAACUGUUCCUUGAUUCUCAUAUAUAGUUAGUGUUUCGUAUAAAAAUGUGUCAUAAGCGCAAUUUGUAAUGCGAUUUAUGAUAUAUUAUAAUAAAAAAACAUUUUUUUUUCUAAUAUUUAUUUUUCUGCAAAUGAUAUGACUUGAGUUAAACAUUUUAAAAACUUUUAAAGUCACCUAAUGCGUAUAGAGACCAUACUGAAACAUAACAAGACCAUAUUAUUUACGUUCCUUUCGGUCUAAGGCGAGCGAAUUCGUAUGGCAAGCGGUUCGACGCAUAAUCCCAAGAAACUAGGUUUCUCAUGAGAACCUUGGUUCUCAGAAUGAGAACCUAGGUUCUCGCUUGAAGAUUGCACAUGGCUUCAAAAACCCAAGUUUUCAAAUGAGAACCUAGGUUUUCAUGAGAACCUAUGUUCUCAUUUGAAAACCUAGGUUCGUAUGAGAACCUAGGUUCUCAGAAUGAGAACCUAGGUUCUCAUGAAAAACCUAGUUUCUUGGGAUUAUGCGUCGAAUUGCUUGCCAUAUCCGUGGUUUUCAUUUGGGAACCAUAGGUUCUCUGAGAACCUAGGUUCUCUGAAAACCUAGGUUCCAUGAGAACCUAGGUUCUCUGAGAACCUAGGUUCUCAUGAGAACCUAGGUUUUCAGAAUUACGCUUCGGACGGCGUAAACUUGCUCGUUUGGAAUACGGGACACAUAUUAUUCAGGGCGCAGGAUCAAUGGGAUUCACAUAUGAUUACACACGGGCUGGACAGAAUGAAAACACGCCGUUAAGAACUUUAUUUUUGCAGAUAUCUCAAGUUAUAAAAAUAUGUUUGCCAAGUUUUUAGUGCAUAAGUUUUUCUCUCAGUGUUGCCGAUUGAAUAAUACAUUAUUACACAUUAUCAAUAGAGAUAAAACUUUUAUUUAUACCAUAAUGAUUGCUUACUAUAUUACAGACAUACUUAAAAUAAAAACUGUACCGUACAGUCGUUUGAGGCCCGAACAAGGGAACUGAAUAUCUGAAACUCAUUUAAUGCUGUAACAAUGUAUUAUGUAACGAUUGAUCUGAAUUUGUUUCAAUUUUUAGUCUCAAAAUAAUAUUUACAAUUAAAGAUGUAUUUCAUAAACAGUUUAAUUUUUUAUUAACGUGUUCAGACCAAUGUCGACCGAUUACUUUACUAAUUUUAUUCCUCGAGAAGUUUCCUAUAGUGUUCGUUGAAUAUUACUUAGCAUUGUCUGAACAUUGUUCAAAAAAAUGUUCUUGGGGAGUAACAUUCACUGUUUCACGUCUAUUGCUUAUCAUUCUACACAUAUGCCGCCUGUGUGUACCAAGCAAUGGGAGACAACUGGAGGUUAAUUUUGGCAAGCGGUUCGACGCAUAAUCCCAAGAAACUAGGUUUUGUCAGGAGAACCUAGGUUCUCAUGAGAAACUAGGUUUAUGAAAUCCCAAGAAACCAGGUUUCUCGUGAGAACCUAGGUUCUCAUUUGAAAACCUUAGUUUACGCUUGAGAACCUAGGUUCUCAUGAGAAACUAGGUUUUUCAUGAGAACCUAGGUUCUCAUAGACACAUAGAACUUAGGUUCUCAUGAGAACCUAGGUUCUCACGGAACCUAGGUUCUCAUGAGAACCUAGGUUCUCAUUCUGAGAACUUAAGUUUUCGUUUGGUAUCCUAGGUUUUCACAAGAACCUAGGUUCUCAUUUGAAAACCUAGGUUCUCAUGAGAAACCUAGUUUCAUGGGAUUAUGAGUCGAACCGCUUGCCAUAGAUUCGGGUGUUUUGGCCUUUUAUUCAGUUCUACGAACAAAUUUAAUAGUCUAAUAUGUGAACAUAAAUGGCGUUUUAUCUGAUAUAUCGAAAUAUGAUUAUUAAGUUUACAUUUUGAAAAGGUCUUUGUUUAAAGUAGUGUAUUCUAAUUAAAUAGUUUUCGUAUGUUUGAACAUAGGAUCUUCCUCUAUGAAUAAUUCUAUUUUCUGCUUUGCAAUUAUUGGAAUUUGUUUUUUGAGCAAUCAAUUUAUUUGAGUUAAAAAAGAGAGAUAUGACUUAACAAAAAUGUUACGAGCGACAACAUAGUUUCAUUGAUUGAGAUUGUUAUUACAAUUUAAUAACAAAGCAACAGAUACCAUGUUUUAAACAUUUUCAAAACUAUAAUAUCUGAUAGUUUACUAAAACUAGUGGCUUUGACAUCUCCUAUUUGUCUGACAAUUUCUAACCAUUUUACGUGUGUCAUUAGUUGCAACACGUGUGCUUACUUGUCUUAGUUUGUUUAAGAAUAAGCUAUCAAAAUCAUGUUGCUUGAUAUUUAUAUAUUGUAUUGCAAAUCUUUGUCCAUUUCAUAAAUGUGACAUUUGAAGUUUAUAUUCUUCUAAACAUCAUACAAUUGUUUUUUAUAUUUUACUUUUAAGUUAUUUGUGGAAAUCCAUGUUUAAUCGAUACUCGUCAAUGAAUUCCAUGUGACGUUAUUUUACAAGAGGUUGCGGAAAGUGUGAUUGUGUAGAGUUUAUUGUCACAUAUACAUGUCAUACAGUUCCAUGUGUAAUUUAAUAUUCAUUGUUUUAGCCUGCUCUUAUUACACGCAAUAACAUGUCCAUUGUUGUGGUUGUUUUGUGCUAAAAUGCUUGUUCAUUAUGUGGCUAGAUAAUAUGAACGACACGCUGGCGAAAUUUAAAAAAGGGUUAUCACUUGUUGUAUCCUUUCUACGGCCUUUCUCCAUCUACUCCUGAUUUUAGUAGGGCUGUUGUCGUUUAUAUCCUAUAAGUAUGUGCACAAAGUACUGGAAAACCAGAUUCUAGAAAAGGUGUGAGUUGGCAAAAAUACGGCCGUGAAAUGACUAAAAUACUGUUGAAAACGCCGUAAAAACCAAGGACACAUACUAACUUACAUUGAUAGUUAUAAAGCAUAAUAGAGUCGUGUUCUGAGAAAACUGGGCAUAAUGCAUGUUGGAUUUUUGCUAUUAAGAGAUUUCAUUUAAACGAAAAAUGUCAUAAAAGUGGAAAGUAUCGCCCCUUAUUAGCCUGUGCGAAGUGCACAGGCUAAUCUGGGACGAAACAUUACGCACAUGCAUUAUGUCCAGUUUUCUGAAAACACGACAAAAUAAAUUACCCCAUGUUUAAUGCAAUGUUAAGUACUACAUGCAUGACCCCGACGAGUAAAACAACAGCAUGUAAGAAAUAUAAUACAAAGGUUUGUUAUUUAUUAAAUAAUUCUUACAGGACUUGCUCACACAAUCUGCAUGGUUGAGAAAAACAAGUAAAUAAAGUUUUGUGUGGUAUUUGAAUUAUGAAAGAAAAAAAGGAGUUGACUGAAUUUAAACACGGUGUUUCACGGUAUUCGAAACAGGGAUUAGUGGAAGCAGAAGCAUGUUCGCUACUACUUCGCCAACCAUGCUUUCAUACACGCAAAGCUAGCAAUACCCUUUUUAAAAUAAAAAACAGCAUUACACGCGGAUUAUUAUUUUACCGAUUUCGAAUGAUGAUGAUCCAUCAUGAACCAUUAUGUAUUACAUUUUUCUUCGUCAGGAUCGUUAUUUUAUUUUUAAAUUAUGUGUACAGUCCUUUUUGUAUGUAUGAAAUUUUUAGGAAUCAAUUUGAAAACUGUGUCCGUUUAAAAAGUAUUUUCUUAACAAAAAUAUGACUUUGCUGUCGUAUGAAUAUAAACUUUUUGUUUCUCGAAAAAAUACAGUUAUCUUAAGUAGAAUACGGAGCCUGUUUGUUAGUUUUCUCAUUUCUUGAUACUUUCGCAUUUAUUAAAUAGAAUUGCUGACUUUGAUGAUAAUGUACAUUUAUUGGCUGGUUGCAUAACCAUUUGAUAGUGUUUUUUUCUUUUACGUUGCCGUAUAAUUCUACUGCAGACGUGUGUUGUACGUCUGUGCGUGUCUGUGUUUGAUAGAAUGAUGGCUUGUUUAUGGGAGCACGCCUGUGUAGUUUUGACAUAUUUUACUUUUCCACUACCUGUAUUUGAGAUUUUUCAAUAAGAUGUAUAUGUAUUUAUUAGAUGUAACUGUUUGCAUUAUUAUCUAUAUUAUCUAAACGUUUCUUCACGUUGGCGUUUGAGUACUUUUUAACUUAAGUUCAACCCAGAUUUUCAUUCAUCUAUUUAUACCUUUAAGUGAAAGAUGUUUAUAAAAUCGAUCACCAUUCUGUCCGAAUCAAUACAUAUUGAGUUAUAAUAUAAACAUACAUAAAUAUUAAGAUGAUACCAAACAGGAAUACAUCUUAGCGAUAUGCGGUCAAAAUCACUACGGAGAAUCUCAUUCUACGGCUUGAACCUAUCUUAUUUAAACGGCUACGGGUAACCUAAAUCAAACGCCGAAUACUUAAAAGUUAUAUAUUUCAUAAUAUAUAAGUUACGUCUACUACUAAAAAGGGUUACAUAUUUAACAAAUGCACUAUAUAAAUAUUUUAAAACAGACAAUAAAUAGUUAUAUUCGACUACUCGGGAGCUUUUUACAUCUUGUCAAUUUAGUUCGUCGUGGUUAAUAAAAAAACGUUUCAAAUACGACCGUCAUUUUCACAACAAAAUUACUUGACUAACAAACAUUGAAGUAUCAAAAACUAUCUGGAGCAUUAAAAAAACUAUUCUUCAAACGCGAUACUAAAGAUACUCUAUACUUAAAAAACGCACAUUUCUUAUAAACAUAAACGCGAAAGUACGAAAACGCUACAAAACAAAUCGAUUUAACAAACAAAUGAACGUUAUUAGUUUCUAUAUCAUAUUGUUAUACGAAAUUGAAUAUAUAUAUAUAAAUAUAUUUCAUCAAACCAGUUGUUAGUAUCUACACUUAAUCCUAGAAGUAAAUUUAUAUAAAACAUAGUUUUGGAUAAGCCUUUUUUCAUUACGCAUGCGUAGCUAUAUUGAUACAAAUUUAUCAUGAGUUCGUUUAAUUUGUAUAACUGAAAAACUGACUUUAUUCGCUUAACUCUUAUUCUAGAAUAAAAAAACUUGUAGUAACUUAAUUAUAGUAGACUUUUGAUUUGUUUACAAUAGUUAAAUUGUGUCCAUUUUGUGUUUAUUCAAUCUUCCACCAUAUAUCGUGAGUUGUCAAUCAUAUAUAUUUGUGUUGUAGAUAUUAUUUAUGAUUUGUGUUUACUUUAAAUGACUUGAACACCCCAUAUACGUAUGCGUUGCAUUCUAGCGAGUAUUUCUCAUUCAUGUAGGUUUUUAUAGUUGACUUUAAAACAUUAACAAAUAAACGAUGGAAUAAAAUUA